GGCUGUUAGGAAGCAUCGGAUCAGCAGAGUGGACAUACAAGAUCAGGACCUUGGACAGCGGCAGCGGAAAGAGCCAAAAGCAGGCAACUUUCUUUAGAGCACAUGUGUAAAGCGAUGUCACAACGGACCGGCCCACACCUUCUUCUCCUAAUAGCCCUGUGCAGUGUGUUGUAUUCCCGGGCUCUGAGCCUGCCAUACGCAUCCAUACGACCGACGAGACACGCAGACGGUCUGUUCACCAGCGGAUACAGCAAACUCCUGGGGCAGCUGUCAGCGCGGAGAUAUCUGGAGUCUCUGAUCGGAAAGCGGGUCAGUGACGAGCUGAUGGAGGAGCCAGUGAAGCGUCACUCAGACGCCAUCUUCACAGACAAUUACAGCCGCUUCCGCAAACAAAUGGCCGUCAAGAAGUAUCUGAACUCAGUUUUAUCAGGAAAGAGGAGUUUUGAAGACCCUGGAACCAGUGACCCAGAGGAGUCCAGGGAUGAACCCAACACCUUCCAAGAGACCUAUGACGAUAUAAACUUAGAUCACCUACUAAACAACUUUCAGCUGCCACUCUGAGGAGGCGUCUGUGCUCAAGUGAAUACCUCAAGUCAUCCUCAUGAAACUGCUCAACACGAAAAACAACACAAUAUUAAUCCAAAGGACAACUGAGAGUCAGAUCAAGCAAUGAUGUUGUGUUCUCCAGUAUGGUUACCUAUCUAUCCAUUCACAUAGUACAUGCCUACACUGUAUAUAUGCAAUAUAUAUAUAUAUACACUGAGCAACAUGAACAAUUUGAAGCCAGCAACUGGCUGCAGUAAAUAUAAACUGAAGUACCACAUUUACUUUCUUUCUAAGGUCAUUAAUGUUCCAUUGAUUUUCAAUGGAAGCACUUCUCUACUUUUUAAGGAACAACUGAAUGAAAUUUGUCCAAUCAUCCCAGUUAACCAUUGGAUGUCAGUAGAACUGUGUUUACUUUGAAUAA